AUGGGAACUCAAGAUAAUUCAGCUGUUAUUGGAGGAGUUGUAGGAGGGAUCUUGGGGGCACUUGUAGUCCUAAUCGUGGCUGCAGUGGCUUUUUUCAUCUACAGAAGGAGAAGGCAAAGCAGAAGCCACCUAUCAUCUAAAAAUGAUGUUGACCCUAUUCCUAUUACCGAAUUUACGAAAAACAUACCUGUUGAAAAUUAUGAGAAGUACUACUUUAAGCAGCGUGCAAAUCAAAAUUAUGGUUUUGCAAUAGAGUUUGAGGAUAUUAAAACUGUUGGGAGUGCUCAGCCCAAGAUUGCGGCAUUAUGCCUGGAAAAUAAAGUGAAGAAUCGUUACAGUAAUGUAUUGCCAUAUGAUGAGUCUCGUGUCAAGCUAUCAGUUGGCCCUGAAGGUAACCCGAAUGAGGACUACAUCAAUGCCAGCUAUCUACCAGGCUAUAACUCAAGGAAAGAGUUCAUUGGUACGCAGGGUCCCCUGCCAAACACCGUGAAGGACUUCUGGAGGAUGGUCUGGGAGCAGAAUGUGCACACAUUGGUCAUGCUGACACAGUGCAAUGAAAAAGGAAAAGUGAAGUGUGAAAAAUACUGGCCUUCAUCCAGCUCCCAGACCCAUGGAAAUAUGCAAGUAUCUCUGAUUUCGGAGACUCCUACUGAAGAGUGGACGAUUAGAGAAUUAAAUUUGGAAAAUCUGGCAAAUGGUAACAAGCGCAGAAUAAAACAUUUUCAUUUUACUGCCUGGCCAGAUCAUGGGGUGCCUGAGAACGCAGACUUGUUAAUUCGGUUCAGGAAUCUUGUAAGAGAACAUAUAGAUCAGUCCCAGAGGAACUCACCGACAGUAGUUCACUGCAGUGCUGGAGUUGGCCGCACAGGAACAUUGAUAGCUCUGGACCACGUCAUCCAUCAGAUAGACCGGACUAACUCAGUAAAUGUUUACAAAAUAAUCUGUGACCUUCGAAUGCACAGACCACUGAUGGUACAGACUGAGGACCAGUAUCUAUUCCUGACUGACUGUGUCAUGAACGUCAUCCGAUCAAAACAAAAUUCAAAUCAGUUUUAUGAGAACAAUGCAGCAGUGCCAAUCUAUGAGAACAUUGCACCAGCAAGAGUUUGAGCAACGAACCACAAAUAUUUGUGAACGAGAGCCUGCCGUCAUUUGAUCUAAAUAAAUACAAAGUGAAAAUGGUAUAUACAAUUGUUGUAUAUUUUUAGUUCACUGUACAAGUUCAAAAGAAUUCAGCUGUGGACACCAAAGGAACGAUAAACAGAUUAAUAAAUUGAUAAACCAGUCAUUGAGGCAGAUUUUAUAUUUAAUCAAUAAAUUAUUAACAUAUUUUUCUUACAAAUAAUAUUGAGCAUGUGGGUGAUGAAUAACAACAUGUGAUCAUCAGAAAAAGUAAGUUCAUAUAUUAUUUAUUAUUUAUUACCCUGAUGCUAAAUUGUAAGUUCAAGUAGCAGGCACACAGUUCAAUGAGAUCCUUAAUUAUGUGUCUCCUACACACUUGUGACUGUAGAACAAACAAAAAGACAAAGAAUACAACGAAACGCAUAGAACGCCAGCGUUUGUGUAGAUAUCAUACAUACAAGAGUAAAAACAUGUGUGUCAGUACAAAUAGCUGGUGGGCAACAUUAUGACCUGCAGAUGUACGGUCCUGGACCACGUUCUUCACUGAUGAUGUUCAUGCAUGUUUUAUUUAAAUUAAUUUAAUGCAGAUAAAGUAACCUCAAAAGAAUUAAGAGACACCAAGACUUGUUAAAGCUGGCAACUAUUGGCUUAAAAACAUGCUGACAGUGACACUGCACCCACAGAAAUGCCCUAAAAGUACACUUCACAUUUAGUGUGAAUCACCUGUAUAAUGAAACUGGGUCUUUACUAUUAAAAUGGAUAUCCUUAUGUGAACUGUCAGCAAAAAUAAAAAAUUGCAGUGCACAUCGGUGUAACCGUGCUGCUUAAAAUAGCAUUAAUUGAGCCAGUAAUGUAUCUGUUAUGCAAUGCACAUACAGUUAGUCUUAGAACUAAAUAUGAAGGUCUCAGGUCAGCUGUAGAUGAUGGGUCUUGAGAUGGCUCAUUGAAAGAUAAACAAGCAAGAAAUUAGGCCUCGGAACAAAGGCCCGGCCAAAUCCAAAUCACCGACCUGACCCUGCUGUGACCUUAAGUAGCUCACUGUAACUGCCAGGGCGCAGCAAUGAUUGGAAAACAUUUAAAAUUAUACAUCACAACUGCAAAUUGGAUCACAUGGGUUUAAGAAAGUUAUGAAAAAAAUUAAGAUUUAUUCAUUAGUUUAAAACUACAGUGUACUGUAUGAAGUAGUGUUUUUAUUUAUUAUAUGCUGCUUUCUAAUCUGCAGUAAUGCAGUGUGUUAUCCUUUUUAAUAAAGUUUAGUGCAGUGAUGAGAAGAAGACCCCACUACACCAAUCUCCCCUCUAUCAGCAAACUGUGCCCUAGCAGCGUAAAUAGAUAGAUAGAUACUGAAGAGCACUAUAUGAUAGAUAGAUAGAUAGAUAGAUAGAUAGAUAGAUAGAUAGAUAGAUAGAUAGAUAGAUAGAUAGAUAGAU